AUGGUCAAACCCCUAACAUUCAAAGGCGACAAGCCAAAGAAGCGCAAGACACGCACCGCAGACACCGAAGCCCCAACCCCUAAAUCGCGCAAAACCGAACCCGAACCAGACGACAACCCAGAAGACCAAAGCUGGGUCUCCGCCGACUCUCCAAGCGACAUCGCCGGCCCAGUGGUCCUAGUCCUGCCCUCAGACGACCCAACCUGCGUCGCAAGCGACGCCAACGGGCAAGUUUUUGCCAGCAAGCUCGAGAACCUCAUCGAGAGAGACCCGAGCACGGCAGAACCACACGAUGUGCGACAGGUCUGGGUUGCGUCGCGGGUGGCGGGGACGGAGUCGUUCAGUUUCAAGGGACACCAUGGGAAAUACCUCUCCUCAGACACACACGGCCUCUUCAGCGCAACCGCCUCGGCAGUCAGCCACUACGAAUCCUUCCUAGUAAUCCCCUCACCCGAAGUCUCGGGGACAUUCUCACUACAAACGCACGGCGGCGACGGCGAGUCUUUCCUCUCGAUAAAAGAGAACGCGAAAGCUGCUUCUGGCGUGGAGAUCCGCGGCGACGCGAAUACGAUUUCGUUUGAGACGACGGUGCGCGUGCGCAUGCAGGCGAGAUUUAAGCCGAAGUUGCGCGCGUCCAAGGAGAGUAAAGCGUACGAGAAGAUUAGCAAGAAGGAGCUUGAGGGGAUUGUUGGGAGGGUGUUGGAUGAUGAGGAGGUUAGGAGGUUAGUGGGAAACAUGAUAAGUGGGCUUGAGGUCUUCAGUAGUGUUUCUGUCCUGAAACAAGGCUGA